AUGAUGGAAGAGGUGACAACACGCCCAAAUGUAGAAUACAUCGCACCUGUAACCCCUAAAGCAAAGCAAAGGCCCGGAUCAACAACUUUUACGCAAAUAGUAAACGAUGAUUCUAGCCUCCGAGUGAACGGAUUCGCAGAAAGCCGGUCAGAAAUGGACUCUCUAAGUUCGAUGCACUCUCUUGUCCUUAAUUCCAAGUCACCAACAACAACGGUAUUCGUCGCGGCGACCCAGCCAGAGCGACCCGUGAUCACGCCAAGCGCAGACGCACCUAUUAUCAACGGCCCCCACGUGGUGACUAUCAGGAUAAAUACCGACACUGAUAAGCCAAAAGCUCCAAAAAUAUCCAGUGUUCAUCUCAAAAGUGACGUGGAUUUUGAUACUUUCAAGUUCAAUGACUCCAACAAAAAGAGCAGCUUAGUCAGACUCAAUGUGGAUGACAGCGGACCUAAAAUACUGGAUAAUGAAGAUCUAUCAAAAGAUAAGCCACCGUAUAUUUACUGUAACUCGUACGUGAAUACAAUGUCUAAUAUGGUAAUGUCUAGUGGACAAUGUUCUCCGAGUGACACUUUGGAUUCAGGGACGUGUAGCGACCUUGAUGGUACACCACCGCCGUUGCCUAAAAAGAAGUCAUCUAAAUCAACCUCCACAAAGAAAGCCGUCUCCGUUACGGUAAUUAGCUCGACAAGAAACAACAGCGAGGUCGAUUUCGAAGAUAACGAGUCUAAUAUAUCGUGUGACUCGUUAAAUAGUAGUGAGUUAAAUGGAAGCGUGCACGCCGACGAAAGUCACAGCGACGAUCCAAGUAAAAAAGAAAAGAAACAGUCUUCCGAGACAACGAUACAGCCGCUAGCUAAAGUGAACAAUAAAGACAGCAGCUUUCUACCUCAAGGUCUCCUUCAAGACAUAAGAGACCGUUCCGCUAAACUUAACAACAUUGAAACUGAAAGUGAGCUAGUUGAAACGCAAAGUAUCCUCGAAAUAAGUCAGAAUAAUAAUGAAAAUGUUAAUUUAUCAAAAGAAAGCGCUCAGCUGACGUCAUUCCUGUUAGUUUCUCAACUAAAAAAUGAAACACAGAAAAAUAAAUCGGAGACUUUACUAGAGAAUACAACCCCAAAUAAAUCACCCUUAAUUAGUGAAAGUACUUACGAGGAACGCAAACAAUCGGAUAAGAUGAAAGAGAAAAGCAUUUGUUAUAGCAGCCAUUAUUUCGAUACAGAUAAAUUUUAUGAUUUCCACUUAAACGAAAAACAAUUUGAUGAUGUGCCUGUGAAAAGUGUAUGUGAAAAUAAAAACGUGUGUGAACUAUCGGAUAUGGAAUAUUUUGCUGGUAUCAAGGAUUAUAAAAACGAAGAGGCGCCUUCUACAAUAAAGAGUUCAAAAGGCACAAUCCGAGGUGUCAAAAAUCGAGUACGGGCUGGGAUCGCAACGUUUCUUCAAAUACAAAGCACUACUAAGAGUUACAAAGAAAAAGACGCCGGCAAGGUGGUUUUGUACACUACCACGAUGGGUAUAGUGAGGAAUACCUACCAGAGAUGCGUUUUGGUGAAGAAGAUUCUCCGUAACCUGCUGGUGAAGUACGAGGAACGAGACGUGUUCAUGAGCACGGAGUACCAGGAUGAAAUCCGGGAUAGAAUGAGAAGCGAGGAGAUACUAGUUCCGCAACUGUUCAUUGACGGCCAGCAUGUUGGGGACGCCGAAACCGUUGAGAAACUCAACGAGAGUGGGGAAUUGAGAAAAAUGUUGAAACCCUAUAAGAGUCCUGAUGCCUGCAACACUUGUCAGGUUUGCGGUGGCUUCAGGCUGCUUCCUUGCAGAAUUUGCAAAGGAUCCAAGAAGAGCCUGCAUAGAAACCACUUCACGGCAGAGUUCGUGGCUCUUAAGUGCAUGAAUUGCGAUGAAGUCGGUCUUGUAAGAUGUGAUGCUUGCUCUUGA